GGCAGCGAUUUGCCCUCUUGCGGUCGAUCGGCGCGGCGCGGAUUGGUCGAAGAUAGAUCUCGCAGCAGCGAUCGCGCGCGCGCCCUGCUCUGGUCUGGAAUCUGGAUCGAGAAUAGAAUAAAAUAGAUUUCGAUUUUAAUAGGGGGUUGCCGGGUCGAGAUCAUCCAGGACAGGGAGUAAGCCAGCGCGGCUUGUCGCUGCUUGUUUGCCGUUUCUUCUUCGUGCUUGUGUGUCACCCUUCUCGCGCGAGAGAAGUCCCAUCCUCCAGUCCAUCCGUCCGUCCAUAGUCUUGUUUUUCUCGUGUUCUCUCCUUUUUGCGUUCUCCACCAUCCAUUUCUCACGGGAUACGUGCCACACGCCAGGCUUCUUCUUCAAAAUCCCCUUUUUUCCUCCCUGGAAUCCACUCUUUCAACUCAGUUGCCACUUCUAGAUCCUUGGGUUGAAUUUUCUCUCGUUGUUCUCCUUUCCUUUUCUUUGCUUUGAUUUGCUUUGUGUGUUCCUCCUCUAGUAAGUGUGCAUGUCUGGAGUUUGUGUAUGCCUGAGGUUGCUUUCGCCUCAUCUCGGUUACUUCGUUUUUCUGUUCUUUAUAUUUCCCUUCAAGUAUCUCUUUUGCUCCCUGGAUCCAUCCUCGUUAUCACAACCCAGUAGUAGUAAACACCAUAAAAAUUGAAUUGUCGGCUUUCUUCUACACGCAAUGGCACCCACGAUGUUAUCAUCCAAUGAUUCAUCGUCAUCUUCUCCUACUGUUCUCGUUGUAGGGGCUGGGAUCUCCGGCUUGGCAGCUGCAAGAAUGCUUCACAAAGCAGCGUUCAAGGUGACGGUACUCGAGUCAAGAGAUCGAAUUGGAGGUCGGAUCUAUACAGACUUUUCUUUCGGAUUUCCUGUUGAUAUGGGUGCCUCAUGGCUACAUGGAGUUUGCCAAGACAACCCCUUGGCUUCCUUGAUAGGACGUUUGAGGCUGCCUCUUUACCGAACAAGUGGGGACGACUCUGUCCUCUAUGACCACGACCUUGAAAGCUAUGCUCUCUUCGACACGGCAGGGAACCAGAUUCCACCGCAGCUGGUGACUAGAAUGGGCGAAGUUUUCGAGGCCUUGCUUGAAGAGACUAAGAAAGUUCGUGAGGAGUUUGCACAAGAUAUGUCGCUGAAGCAGGCCUUCUCGAUCAUACUUAAAAGACGUCCAGACCUGAGACAAGAAGGCCUGGGACACCGAGUUUUACAGUGGUACUUAUGUAGACUGGAAGGAUGGUUUGCUGCUGACGCAGAUAAAAUCUCCCUCCAGAGCUGGGAUGAGGAAGAAUUACUUGAAGGUGGCCACGGCCUCAUGGUCAAAGGUUAUUGGCCUGUCGUUUUCUCUUUGGCCGAAGGACUCGAUAUAAAAUUGAAUCACAGAGUAACAAAAAUAAGUCGACAUCCGAAAGGUGUCCGCGUUGCUGUAGAAAAUGGAAAGGUUUUCAACGCCGACGCGAUCGUUGUUGCUGCUCCUCUCGGAGUGCUCCAAGCCAAGAUCAUAAACUUUGAGCCUCAACUCCCGGACUGGAAAGUAAAAGCCAUCAAUGAACUGGGUGUCGGAAACGAGAACAAGAUCGCCAUGCUCUUCGACAACGUUUUCUGGCCCAACGUCGAGUUCCUGGGCGUGGUCGCUUCCACCACGUACGAGUGCAGCUACUUCCUCAACUUGCACAAAGCCACGGGACACCCGGUUCUCGUCUACAUGCCCGCUGGAAAUCUCGCCAACGAUCUGGAGAAGCUGAGUGAAUCAGCCGCCAAGAAUUACGCGUUCUCGCAGCUCAAGAAGAUAUUGCCAAACGCUUCCUUGCCGACCAAGUGCUUGGUGUCUCACUGGGGAUCCGACGUAAACUCCCUCGGCUGCUACACCUAUGACGCCGUGGGUGUCUCUCACGGCGCCUACGAUCGACUGCGCGCUCCAGUGGACAAUCUCGUGUUCUUCGCUGGAGAGGCGACGAGCAGCAGCUUUCCAGGGACCGUCCACGGCGCGUUUGCCACUGGAGUUCUCGCUGCCGCCGAGUGCCGCAAGACCAUCGAGGAGCGAUGCAAGGAUCUGGAGCUCUUCCAGCCGGCCAUGGCGGAAGAAAUCGAGCUCGCCAUCCCGCUCCAAAUCUCUCGCCUGUGAAGUCAUGAAUUAAAUGAAUGCCCUAAAAUUUAAAUCUAUAGGCACAUUUUUUUCCUGAGUAGGGUUUCUAGGCGCGAUCGAUCGAGAGCGUGGAGGGUUUCUAAGCCGCGAUCGAUCAGAGCGUGGAGCGGCCGAUCAAUCGGAGCAGCAGCGAUGAAUAUCUUCCGGCUCUGCGGCGACAUGACCCAUCUCCUCAGCGUCGUGGUGCUGCUGCUCAAGAUCCACACCAUCAAGUCUUGCGCCGGGAUUUCUCUCAAGACGCAGGAGCUCUAUGCCCUCGUCUUUGCGACGCGCUACUUGGAUAUUUUCACGCACCAUGUCUCGCUCUAUAACACGGUUAUGAAAAUAAUUUUUCUCGGAACCUCUUUCACGAUCGUGUGGUACAUGAGGCAUCACAAGGUCGUGCGCCAGACUUACGACAAGGAGCAGGACACUUUCAAGCAUUACAUGCUGAUCAUUCCAUGCUUUGCUCUCGCGCUCCUGAUCAAGACCAAAUUCACUCCACUGGAGGUUUUGUGGACGUUUUCUAUCUACCUGGAGGCUGUGGCGAUCUUUCCUCAGCUGGUGUUGCUACAGCGAACCAAAAACAUCGACAACCUCACCGGGAACUAUGUCUUUUUGCUUGGGUACGCCUCACAAACUUGCUUUUGUUUCAUGUUUUUGAUUGCAUUUCAGGGCAUAUCGAGGGCUGUAUCUGUUGAAUUGGAUCGUUCGGUAUUUCACUGAAAAGGGCUACAGGCAAUGGAUAACAUGGAUAUCUGGAAUUGUACAGACCGCACUGUAUGCGGACUUCUUUUACUAUUACAUCAAGUGCUGGAGGAACAACGAGAAGCUUCAUCUUCCUUCUUGAACGUAGAUUCUUGUAUCUAAGCAGAGAGAGGAAGAGCGGCGAAGAACGCUCUCAGGGAUCAUCUACUGGAAUGUGAGUCUUUGCUUGAGCAAAUUUUCUUC